GUCGUCAAAAGUGGGGGAUAUAUCUCAAGACAUUAGAGACCAGUGCGGAGAUACUGUCACCGCAUUUGUGGGCCAUUUAGUGCCUCUUAUGAAGCGAGUUGUGGGCAAACGGGUGUCUCUAUUGCAGCACAAGUCCCGGUCCUAUGAGACUCACGAGUGGGCUGUGAAUAAGUUGCCGCCGCAUCCAAACGACAUACCAUUCCUCACGUUUGGUCUACUGAUUAAUGAGGAGUACGCCUACAAUACCAUAGAAAGAGGUCCCGAAGCGGACACUGAAGAGGCCAAGGAUUUCAAAGACUUCUGGGGCUCGAAGUCAGAAUUGAGAAGAUUUCAGGACAAUUCCAUCUGCGAAGCCGUCUAUUGGACAGCGAAGACGUUGUCUCAGAAGCGACAGAUUGUCUCCGAAGCCCUCGAAUUCAUUUUGAUAAACAUUUUAGACAUCGACUCGACGGCGAUGUUGAGCACUGGAGCCCUAUUGAAUCCGAUGGUUGAGCUCAAGAACUUGAAGUUCGACGACAAGAAUGUGAUGUACGGAACGGGAGAAGAGUUUUUCAUCUCAUUGUCUCAUAAGUUGGACUCAUUGUCCAAGAAGUUAAGGAGUUUGGAAGGACUUCCACUGACUGUCACUCACGUCCAGUCAAUUGAUCCGGUAUUUCGUGCCACAGAAGUAUUCCCGCCGUUGGCUAUGAAUAGUGGGAAGUCUUAUAACGUGUUGAAGAACUGCAACGCAUUUGAUCUACUGAUCGAUCAAAGAGUUCCCAAGUAUUUCAAGCCAUUGAAAGUGAUUAUCCAAUUGGAAGGCAGUGGCAAAUGGCCGGACAAUGUGCAGGCAUUCCGUCGGGUGAGGGCCUCCUUUCACAUAGAGUUAGCUAAACGACUGUCCAAACAGUACGGAUUAGUAUCACAUCCCGGCGUUGACUAUGUCGAUGUCUACGACACGGGACACGUGUUUCGAGUGAUAAUUGGUUCGCACAAAGAGUUGGUUCUCUUGAGACAAAUCCAGACACCGGACGGACUCGUGAAGCGCGUCGACAGCGAAGUGGCCGACCGUUUAGAGACGACAUACGAAGUGAUCCCUAAAAUCAAUGGCGCCUUAAAUGCGUUGAGUCGCAGGUGUCUGUGCUAUGGGAUCAGCUGUCGGUUAGCCAAACGGUGGAUCGGGUCGCAGAUGUUGGCCCACUAUUUGGAUGACAUGGCUGUGGAUCUGAUAGUCGCCCAUAUAUUCCUUAAUCCAAAUCCAUAUACUGUUCCAAAUUCACCGACUGUUGGGUUCAUAAGAUUCUUGUCACUGAUCUGUGACCACAAUUGGAAGAUAACUCCACUGAUUGUGGACUUGAAUGGAGACCUGGAGGAGGGAGUGGUAACUGAUAUGAACGCCAAGUUCAUGAAGAAUAGGUCUAAAUAUGCGGCGAUGUUUGUGACGAGUGGUUACGAUAAGCGACUCUCGGAAUGGACUCAUCGAUGGCCCGAUGCUGUCGUAUUGAAUCGGAUUCAGGUGUUGGCAACGGCUGCCAAACAGGCACUGGAGGGACAUAUGAGGGAUGGCAUCGAUUUUGACAUAAAAUCGAUAUUUAGACCCGAUUUAGACAUCUAUGAUGUGAUCAUACGAUUAAAAUCGGAUCAAAUUGUGAAUCAAAUACAAGCCGUGGAUUUCCCCCAGAAGUUCGAGUUCGCGGUCAAGACAUUUGAUCCCGAAGUCAACGAAUUGCUGCCAAUUGUGGCCUUCGAUCCAAUUGACGCUUAUUUAAGACAAUUGAGAGACACUUACGAAGAAUUUGCGCUCUUUUUCUACGACCGGUUCGGCGGCCGAGAGAUAGGAGUUCUCUGGAGACCAGAGGUCUUCAAGAGUCAGCCGUUUUCGAUGUCAACGGCUCUUAAAUGCGGUCUAUUGUCGAGUACUGCCGGUGCGGAUGGCGUCCAGAAUGUGGCC